GAGAAGAACACGCUUAUUCAGAUGACAUGGCGAUCGUGUUUCACUAAACAAAAAAUUGUGUGAGAGGUAAUCAGCUGACCUGCAGCAUCCCUGCUCGUCACGCUUUACCGUGCUGCAGGUCUAAUCGACCUGCGCUCGCUCAGCGCUAAGGCUAAGCGAGCGUGUUAUGCAGCCGAGAGAGGUGGAUUCAGGUGACGGAGAAACUACAGCGCCAUGGCGGCAGAGAUUCCCCGUCCGCAGACACGAAAGCCCGUCCUGUUGAGUAAGAUCGAGGGUUUCCAAGAUGUAGUGAAUACGGCUGUGAUCAUCCCCAAAGAGGACGGGGUUAUCAGCGUAUCUCAAGACAGGACAAUCCGUGUGUGGCUGAAGAGGGACAGUGGUCAGUACUGGCCCAGUGUCUAUCACACAAUGCCUGUGGCUUGUUCAUGUAUGUCAUUUAACCCAGAGACAAGGAGGAUCUCUGCAGGGUUGGAAAAUGGCACAGUAUCGGAGUUUAUCCUAUCGGAGGACUACAACCAGAUGACUCCUGCGCGAACAUAUCUGGCUCAUCAGGGUGUCGUGACUGUGGUGCUGUUCGUCUUAGAGAUGGAGUGGGUUCUAAGCACAGGUCAGGACAAGAGUUUUACAUGGCACUGCUCAGAGAGCGGACAGCAGCUGGGCACAUACAGGACCACAGCAUGGGUGUCUGGACUACAAUUUGAUGUGGAGACCAGACAUGCCUUCGUUGGAGAUCUUUCCGGACAAGUGACAAUCCUGAAGCUGGAGCAGGACAACUGCAGCCUUGUUACCACAUUUAAAGGCCACACAGGCAAUGUUACGUCACUGUCUUGGGAUCCUGUGCAAAGGGUUUUAUUCUCUGGAAGUUCUGAUCAUUCAAUCAUCAUGUGGGACAUUGGAGGCCGUAAAGGCACAGCUAUUGAACUGCAGGGACACAAUGAUAAAGUGCAGGGCUUGUGUUACGCUCCUCACACUCGUCAGCUCAUUUCCUGUGGCUCAGAUGGAGGAAUAGUUAUCUGGAACAUGGACGUCACACGACAAGAGACCCCGGAGUGGCUUGACAGUGACUCGUGCCAGAAGUGUGAACAGCCGUUCUUCUGGAAUUUCAAACAGAUGUGGGAUAGUAAGAAAAUUGGUCUCCGCCAGCAUCACUGUAGGAAGUGUGGCCAAGCCGUUUGUGGAAAGUGCUCCUCUAAACGUUCCACGAUUCCUCUCAUGGGAUUUGAGUUUGAAGUGCGGGUUUGUGACAGUUGUCACGACUCCAUUACAGAUGAGGAACGGGCACCCACUGCAACGUUCCAUGACAGUAAGCACAGCAUCAUACAUAUGCAGUAUGAACCAACCAGAGGCUGGCUGCUCACCUCCGGGACAGACAAAGUGAUCAAGCUAUGGGACAUGACUCCAGUGGUAUCAUGAGAAUCAUCUCCAUCAUCUGCAAGCAGCAAGAACUAAGAAUCCGUUCUGAACCUGAACCACGGAGAACGUUCAGAGUUCUGGCCCCUUUCCAUGGGCAGCUUCAUCUCAUGGUGGAAAAACUCAAGGAUUUCAUGAGAUUUAACUGAUGGUUUAAACUGAGCAUGUGCAUUUGUAUGUAUUUGUGCAUGUGGGUUAUGGAAACAAACAUGUAAAUACUUUCCAGUCUAAAUCUGUUUAGUUCCAAUUGUUUAUAUUGACAUGACCUAAUGUUAUGUUGUCUGUAAAAUAUUAUUUCAUCAUCUUGUUAUGUCUUAUCCUAAACACAAAUGAAUCCUCCUGAUAAUGCAUUAAAGCAUGCUGGAACAGUUUCUAUAUUCAAGUGCCUUCACUGCACAUCAAUCAGUGGUUUUGGCAUGGGAAAAUACUGCCUGCUUUUGACUCUUGGUCAUGAUCUGGCAAUCUUGACUCUUUAAAUGUAAGCACUUAAUUUUACCGGUAUUUUUACACUGGUAAAUUUAAUAGAAGAAUUAAACACACAUAAUCACAGAUGUUGUUUAUACAGGGUACAAUUCAGCAAUGCUUUAUUGUAAUAAUACUGUGUUUGGUUUGAUUAAAGCUGAUGUUUCAUAGACAUCUCAUUACUGUAA